AACCGCCAAUAAAACCAGAAAGAAGAAGAAUUUUGUUUUGACCAUUUUACACGAUUUUCUGGCGAGAGGAAAUUCAAAUUAAUUCCGAAUUAUUUCAAUUCUCUCACUUAGACAGCUAGCGUUUGCUAAGCUAACUAACCUAUAUAAGGGAAGUGUAGUUCCGGAUCUUUUCAUCGAUCAUUUGAAUCAGCUUACCAAAAGAGCCGACACUUUCAGCUUCCAAAUGACACGUUGCCAUUUUAUUCGAACCCUGGCAGAAUUUGCGCUAAUUUGAAUAGCGAUAGAAGGCUUUUGAAUCAAUAACGACAUAAAGGUCAUGAGUCGAGUGUGAUCAAGAUAGAGCAGUUACUAAAGGAAUGAUGAGGGAAUCGCGGAUGAAUCAAUGAAUCAACAGCUGAGAUGUUUCCAUGGUAACAGUCUGAUUAAAUGACACAGCGAGUACUAAAUAUAUUGUUUACAUCUACCAAAAGAAAAGAAAAGAAAAAAAAAAACUAUGGAACGGCUCAUGUAUGUGACUUUGCUCUUAAUUUUCACAUAUAGGAUUCGAAUCAAAGAGUCGAAUCAUUCGCAACGACUUAUCACUGGUUGCUAAGUUUGCUAAUCAGGGCAAGUUUGACUAGUUGUAGCUAGUUUGCUCUAGUAAGUAGGAUCAUGUCGGUUGUGACGGUGCAGUUAGGUCAGUGCGGCAAUCAGGUUGGACCUGAACUGUUUAGCACCGUGUAUGAAGACUCCAUUGGGGCUAAUUCAAAAACAUAUAAACAGUGCAGUGAUGAGAGAUUCUUCAGGGAGAACUCACAUGGAGAGCUGGUGGCACGUGCUGUUCUUAUCGAUAUGGAGCCUAAAGUUAUCACUCAAGCCAUAGCAAAGGCGUCGGCCUCGGGAAAAUGGAGAUAUGGGGAAAAAUCCCACUUCUGUCAGAAACAAGGCUCUGGAAACAACUGGGCAAACGGUUACUGUGUUCACGGCCCACAGCAUAAGGACGCAGUAGAGGAUCUGGUGCGGCGGGAGGCAGAGAGCUGCGAUCGCCUUGCAGGAAUAUUCGCCAUGAUGAGUGUGGCAGGCGGUACGGGUUCUGGAGUGGGCACCUACGUCACCCAGAGUCUGCGAGACACCUAUCCACAUUCAUUUAUUCUUAAUCACCUGACAUGGCCCUAUGGAACAGGAGAGGUUAUCGUGCAGAACUACAAUUCGGUUCUCACUCUGUCUCGUCUGUACACGCUGUCUGACGCACUCGUGGUGCACGAGAAUGACACGGUGCAUAAAAUCUGCAGCCAGCUGAUGAACAUCAAGCAUAUCGCCAUGUCCGACCUUAACAAGGUGAUCGCUCAUCAACUGGGCAGCGUGCUGCAGCCUGCAUACACCACAGACUCGCCUGCUCACUACAGCACAAACCCUAUAGGUGAAUUGCUGAGCUCACUGGUGUGUCAUCCUGAACACAAACUGCUCAACGUGUUGAACAUUCCUCACAUGUCUCAGGCAUCUCUGGCUUACAGUGCCUACACAUGGUCUGGACUGCUCAAGCAUCUGAGACAAAUGCUGAUCGCCAAUGCCAGAAUGGAGGAAGGUAUCGAUUGGAAAGUGCGUGCGCCGUCGAACGGAGCCGAAAGCACGAGAAACGCACACACGGGUUUUAACAGAUCGGUCUCGAAUCUUCUCGUACUGCGCGGUAAAGACGUUCCUUCAGCCGACGUAGGAGCUUUUAAGGAGCCUGGACUCUACGUGCCCUGGAUUCCAGAAGAUGGCACUUUCCAUACGUGGCACUCGCCUGUGCCCUUCAGUGGCUAUGAGAAGCUGGCCACUUUACUCAGCAACAGCCAGUCACUUUUAAAUCCUCUGGAUAAUAUUGUUAAGAAAGCCUGGAACAUGUUUGCCUCAAGAGCUUAUAUUCAUCAAUAUACCAAAUUUGGAAUUUCAGAAGACGAUUUCCUCGAAAGCUUUACCAUGUUGGAACAGAUUAUCUCCAGCUACACUCACAUUUGAACCUAGCUCGUUAUGUUAAAUGGUAUUUUUGUGUGAUGAUUGAUAUUUAUUUUUUAUUAUUACUGCCUGUUAACUGUAUAGUAAAAGAGUCUGGAUGUGUUUAUCCUUGCUCUAUUUUCUACAAGCCGUUUAUAGCAAUAAAGGAACGUAUAUGUUUUCA